GUGAAAUGUGAAUAUUGAACCAACUACCAUUCCUCUAUUUCGUGGAAAAACCGAGAAAGGAAAGGCGUACUCCUAACUCGUUGGCGAGGGUCAUUAAGAAAAAUGACAAAAAUGCCCCUUUUUCGCCCUCGGACCACCCUCCCACUAAUUCCCCUCUUUCGCCCCUCUUCCAAUUCCUCUAGGGCUAGCCAAAAUCUUGUAGCAGGAAAGAGAAAAAAAACUUAAUUUUGAUUUUGAGUGAUUGAUUUUAUUAUUGGGAAUUAUUAUACAAAAUUAUUUCUUGAAUAGAGACCCAAAAAAAAAAAAAAAUUAAUAAUAAUGAAAGAGAUUGGAGAUAUAAUUCCUCAGCAAUGGACAUCACCUUGCUGCACCCAAUGCACCCACAAAUUUGCUGCUCUUACCCAGAUUCCCUGGAGAGUAUUUUGCAAAAAGGGAUGUGGUGCAGAUGGGGACACAUGGGCUGAAUGUGUGAGUGAAUGUGACCAGAUAUGCUACAAGGACCCAGUCUUAAAGGACCAGCAAUGGAGUGCUUAUAUUGAUCGUUCUCCUGGGGAUGCAAGUUACUCUGAGGAGUGUUUCCAUGCUUGUGUUGCCGGUUGUGGUUACAAGUUUGAGGUGCCCGUCGAGAAGGUUAAAGAGUGCCACCCAAACAGGCCAUGUAAACCUCCUGCAGUGCCAAAGCCGGCCAAAAAGUUUGCUGAAUCACAAGCACCUGUUGAGGAUAAUGUGCCUGGCACUUCUGCUUAACCUCUUAUCUGGAGUCAUACUAAUAGUGAACCCAUUUGGGUAAAUUAGAUUUAGAACACUUUUAAAAAUAGGCAGACAAUUAUUUUUUGACAGAAAGGUUUUCUGUAGGGCCUUUCAAUAAUUAUUUCCUCUUCUUCCAUGUCUUCAUUUUUGUGGCGGGAGAAGGGACCGACCCUUUUUUCCAACUUAUCAUGCUUCGGCCAGCUGCAACAGGUUCUAAAUUUCUCAUUUGGUUGAAAUUUUUUUUUUGAUGGAAAUAUUGUAAAUUCCGAGACGUUUAGCAUUUAUACAUAGAAACCUUAGCUGAUCCUCAACUCCUAAAAGUUGGAUGCUUGGAUUGUGCUAUUGUUCCAUUAAAAUAUUAACUGCGCUAGAAAAGAAAUUAUGUAA